UCUAAAACAAGUAACAUUUUCACUAAACUUUAAUUAAGCAUAAACACUAAUUAAAAAUAACAUAAAAAUUUCAACAAUUUUUUUUAAAAUGACAGGAACAAGUUCACCUUGUGGUGCUUGCAAAUUUUUGAGGAGGAAAUGUGUAAGGGGUUGUGUUUUUGCACCUUAUUUCUGCCAUGAACAAGGUGCUACUCAUUUUGCAGCCAUUCAUAAGGUUUUCGGGGCGAGUAACGUGUCGAAAUUACUUGCUCAUUUGCCGGCUAGUGACCGGAGUGAGGCGGCUAUCACCAUUUCUUAUGAGGCUCAAGCUAGGCUUCAAGACCCUAUCUAUGGUUGUGUUUCACACAUUUUUGCCCUACAACAACAGGUUGUAAACUUACAAUCACAAUUAGCAGGAUUAAAGCAAUUACAAGCAGCUCAAGGGUUAUUUAAUGGUGGUAAUAAUUCAACCCAAAACCCUAAUGAGAGAUCUUCUUCAUCUAACUACCCACAAGAUGUUCAUAGUUGGUUGCAAUCCGAAUACCCACAAAUGGUUCCUCCUUUUAACCCGAAUCACAUCAAUUGUAGCUCCGAAUCUUCAACAAUUUACGGGUCAAAUAAUCAACAUGGAUAUGUAAACAAUCAUAACCAUAACUCAUCAAUGGUUUUACAAGAUGAUCAAGAUGUUUCUUUAGCUAGCUAUGAAGCGUCUUCUUCGCAUCAUUCGGCUUCUAUGGCUUCUCUAGAGUUCGAGAAUAAAUCAAAAUGGCCGUAUCAAGAAACCGAUUGUGAUCUUCACUCUAUGGCGUUUGGCUACCCUCAAUAUUCAUGAUGAAAAAUGAUAGAAAUUUUUGAAUGAUUUUGAAGGUGAUCAAAGACAUAAAAUUUGGAUUUUAAUCCAAAUUUUGAGUACAUCUUUUUGUUUUUCUUAUGGAUCAAAGUUGCAAGCUUUGGCUAUAAUGGUUAAAUAGAAUCCCUAUAUGAAUCUCUACCUUAAUUAGGUUCUAGAUUAAUAUAUGUUAAUAUCUUUUUUUUAGAAACCCUAAUUUCCAAUUAUUAUUAUCUACCUCAACUUCUAUAGUAAUGUUUUCUUAGACCUUUUGUGUAGCCAUGGAAUUGAAGUUGUUAGAUCAAUGAU